AUGUCUAACAGAGUUUUUGAUGACUCUGAGAAUAAGAACUCCAUCAAGCCAUUCAACAAGAAUUCACAGAAUGAAAAUACUCACAUAUCAAAUAAGGGGUCAACUUUUAGGCAAAUGCUGAGGUUUAAGAGAGUUCCCUUGGGUGGUAAGGACCAAAACACAAACACGUUUGAAUUGAACAGAUCAAAGUCAACUAUAAAUCCCAAUUUAAACUCGCUCAAGUCUAAUAGCAAACCGCCAAGUUUAGUAAAGUCGAACUCGAGCUUAGGGUUUCAAUCAGUUCCUGUAUUUCAAGAGUUUACACAAGAACAGAGAAGCCAAUUGCAAAGUACUGAACCGCAAGUCGCUAACAUUGGAAGUAAACAGGUGGAGGAUCAGAGCAGUAGAAACUUGAUCAGUAUACCAAAACCUAACCGCAGUGUUAGGAAAAGAGUAAGCUUAGAUGAAUUAUCCCUUCCAACAUUAUUAUCCCCUAAAAAACCCAAAUUAUUUCAAACUGACUCCUUAAUAAAGUCUGACGGUACACAGCAUAAGCCACCAAUCCCACUUAGGAGUACAUUUUCGGAAAGAACUGAGGCUCUUAAUUCAAGGCAUGUAGUAAAUAAUGACAUAACAAGAAAUAAUGUGGAUCCAAUCAAACGGCCAAACAGACGUCAUUCGAUAGAUGCAAUGGUUGCACAACACUGGCGAGAUGAAAUAGAGUUUGUGCCACAUGGUUACAACGAGAAAGAGGCUGAUUCCCUCGUUUCAUUCAAUGAUAAUGAGGUACAGUUUUUCUCAACUCCAAACGUCAGUCAUGAUUUUGAGCAGCCUGAUGAAGACUUAAAUUUAGAAUUAGAUUUUGAAAAUGACACCGGAAACGAAGAGCUCGACGCUGAAGUGACCAUUGAUGGGAAUGAGAAGGAUGAUUUUGGUUUAAACGACGAGGAUUUAAGAAAUUUAUUAGAUUGA